UAUUACUGCCAAAGGAAGUAACAAAUGGCAAACUGUAGAUAGCAGUUCUGAAGACUAUUCUAGUUAUGAAUUAGAAAUUUCUAACAUUUUAUAUGAUAAUAAUAAUCUUCAUAAUCUUAAAGUACUAUGUUUGGCUAAAGAAUCUUUAAUAUGGGUGUUAAGAAGCAGGCAAACAAAACAGCUUUACUUCUGA